AUGGCGCUCAUGGCCUCUCUUCAGCUCGAUUCUACCGUGGCAGUGCUCUGCCUCGCCUUCGUAGCCUCUUGCAUCUUCCUCGUUGCUAGAAGCCGCAAGGCCGGCGCACGCGGAUCACCGCCACCUUCGCCUCCGGCGCUGCCCGUCAUCGGCAACCUGCACCAGCUCGGCCGGGGCCGCCACCACCGGAGGCUGCAAGCCCUCGCGCGGCGUUACGGCCCGCUCUUCCUGCUCCGCCUCGGCUCCGUGCCCACCGUCGUGGUCUCCUUGCCCUCCCUGGCCGAGGCCGUGCUCAAAACCCAGGACCACGUCUUCUGCAGCCGGCCGCAGCCGCGCACCGCCCGCGGCACGCUCUACGGCUGCCGCGACAUGGCCUUCAGCCCCUACGGCGAGCGGUGGCGCCAGCUCCGCCGCAUCGCCGUGCUGCACCUCCUCAGCGCGAAGCGGGUCGACUCCUUCCGCUCCCUCCGGCAGCAGGAGGUCAUGGGCUUCGUGGAACGUAUCCGCGCCGGCGCCCCGGAGGGAGCAGUCAACGUGACCGAGCUCGUCAUCAGCCUGACCAACACCGUCAUCUCCAAGGCGGCGUUCGGGAACAGGCUCGGCGGCGUCGACCCAGGGGUGGUCCGCCAGAUGAUGAAGGAGCUCACCGAGCUGCUCGGGACCAUCGCCGUUAGCGACGUGUUCCCGCGGCUCCGGUGGGUGGACUGGGCGACGGGGCUCGACGCGAGGAUCGGUAGGACGACGGCUGAGCUCGACAGUGUCAUCGAGAAGACGCUCGCGGAGCACGAGGGGAGCCGAGCAAACGACGGUGAGGAGGUGCAUGACCUCCUGGACGGCUUGCUCUCGAUCUUCAAGGAUGGUGAUCAGGGGUUUAGGCUGGACCGGAUUGAUGUCAAGGCGCCCAUCUUGGACAUGUUUAUAGGAGGCACGGACACGAUCUAUAAGGCGAUAGAAUGGACGAUGGCGAGCUUGUUAAAAAUCCAACAGAAAUGGAGAAGGUGCAAGCAGAGGUGA